AACUAAAAUCGCUCAUUCAUCUCCUUCCCAGCUGAAAAGGUAUUGGACAGUGAUGAUUUGAGCCUGAGACGGAUAUCCAAAACCAGACAGCAUGAAGACUCUGAAUUCGUCCCACACCAACUUCCGCAGCAGUGGUGACGCCGCCGACCGCUCCUCUGGAAGCCCGUACUCAGCUGUGGAGAUCGUCCUCAUCGUCCUGGUGGCUGCAACUGUGAGUGUGAUCACUGUGAUCGGAAACAUCCUGGUCAUGCUCUCCAUAAAGGUAAACAGGAACCUGCAGACAGUCAACAUCUACUUCCUGUUCAGCCUGGCCUGUGCAGACCUCAUUAUUGGCGUCUGCUCCAUGAACGUCUACACGGUCUAUAUAGUGAUCGGCUUCUGGCCCCUGGGAGCCGUGGUGUGUGAUCUGUGGCUGGCUGUUGAUUAUGUCGUCAGCAACGCCUCCGUCAUGAACCUGCUCAUCAUUAGUUUCGACCGUUACUUCUGCGUCACCAAACCGCUCAGCUACCCGGCACGCCGCAGCACCAAGAUGGCGGGUCUGAUGAUUGCGGCUGCCUGGGUCAUGUCCUUCAUUCUCUGGGCUCCCGCCAUUUUGUUUUGGCAGUUCGUCGUGGGCGGGAGGACUGUGCCGUUCGGCGAGUGCUACAUCCAGUUUUUCUCAAAUCCCGCGGUGACGUUCGGGACCGCCAUAGCGGCUUUUUACCUCCCAGUCGCCAUCAUGAUCUACCUGUACUGGCGCAUAUCCAAGGCGAGCCGCAGCCGCAUUAGGAAGGGCAGCAGAAAGAUCUCAGGCACCAGUCUGGGAGAGGGCCCCUCUCACAGCCAGGAUGAGGCGUGUGAGCGCCAGAACAACUGCAUCACAGGAAAGGAGGCUCAGCUGGAGGCUAAAGGCCUCCCCGAAGAGGAGAGAAACCGUGCGUCAACAACCAAGGACACCGAGGCCCCCGAUUCAUCAGGGAAAGAUCCUGAUUGUGGAGAAACUACAAAGCAAACACCUUCUUCAGAGAAAUCAGCUGACAGACAAAGUGUGCCAGCGAGGACACUGUUAAAGAUGACAAAGCAGAACGCUGUUGCAAAGUGGAAAAGGAAGGGCAUUUCUUCCAGGGAGAAAAAGGUGACGCGCACCAUCAUGGCCAUCCUGGUCGCUUUCGUUGCCACGUGGACGCCGUACAACGUGAUGGUCCUGAUCAACACCUUCUGUUCCGUCUGCAUCCCAAACUCCCUCUGGACAAUCGGCUACUGGCUCUGCUACAUCAACAGCACCAUCAACCCAGCCUGCUACGCCCUCUGCAACGCCACCUUCAAAAACACCUUCAAGCACCUGCUCCUGUGCCAGUACAAGAACAUACGUACGGCGCGAUAAGGGUCAGAACAGUGACCCGUGUUUGUGAUGUUCAAAAUAACGUGACGACUCACAGACGUCAAGCUAUAGAAUAGUUGUGUUCUUAUUAGUUUUCAGUGGAACCUUUUCUAAAUGUCACUGAGAAGGAGACUGUGCUUUGUAUUCUACAUG